CGCAGCCCCGGCGCUAGCGCGGAGGCGGUGCCGGGCGCGGCGCAGAGCGCAGGAUGCUGCGGGCGGGGGCCGCCGCCGCCAGCCCCGGUGCCGGUCCCGGGCGGGAGGGCGCCCCGCCGCAUCCCGCCCGCUGAGCCCCCCCGGCCCGGCCAUGGGGGCUCUGACCAGCCGGCAAAACGCAGGGGUGGAGGAAGUGGAUAUCCCCGCUAAUUCCGUCUACAGAUACCCCCCGAAAUCCGGGAGCUACUUUGCCAACCACUUCAUCAUGGGCGGCGAGAAGUUUGACUCCACGCACCCCGAGGGUUACCUCUUCGGCGAGAACAGCGACCUCAACUUCCUGGGGAACCGGCCUGUGAUGUUCCCUUAUGCUGCUCCACCUCCUCAGGAACCCGUGAAGACCCUCAGGAGCUUAAUCAACAUCCGCAAGGACACCCUGCGCCUUGUCAAGUGCUCAGAGGAGGUGAAGACCCCGGGGGAAGAAGUCAGUAAAGCCAAGGUGCACUACAACGUGGAGUUCACCUUCGACACGGACGCCCGUGUGGCCAUAACUAUCUACUACCAGGCGACUGAAGAGUUUCACAAUGGGGUGGCAAGCUACAUUCCCAGGGACAACAGCCUGCAGUCGGAGACGGUGCACUACAAGCGAGGGGUGUGCCAGCAGUUCUGCGUGCCCUCCCACACUGUUGACCCCUCUGAGUGGAGCGAGGAGGAGCUGGGCUUUGACCUGGACCGGGAGGUGUACCCCAUGGUGGUGCACGCGGUGGUGGAUGAAGGAGAGGAGCACACUGGGCACUGCCACGUGCUGCUGGCCACCUUUGAGAAGCACAGCGACGGCACCUUCUGCGUGAAGCCCCUCAAGCAGAAGCAAGUGGUGGAUGGUGUGAGCUACCUCCUGCAGGAGAUCUAUGGCAUCGAGAACAAGUACAACACACAGGACUCCAAGGUGGCCGAGGACGAGGUGAGCGAUAACAGCGCCGAGUGUGUCGUCUGCCUCUCAGACGUCCGUGACACCCUCAUCCUGCCUUGCCGCCACCUCUGCCUCUGCAACACCUGCGCUGACACCCUGCGCUACCAGGCCAACAACUGCCCCAUCUGCAGGCUGCCUUUCCGAGCUUUGCUUCAAAUCCGAGCCAUGAGGAAAAAGCUGGGUCCCCUCUCACCUACCAGCUUCAACCCCAUCAUCGCCUCGCAGACCUCUGACUCCGAGGAGCACUCGUCCUCGGAGAACAUCCCCCCGGGCUACGAGGUGGUGUCACUGCUGGAGGCCCUCAAUGGGCCACUGACUCCCUCGCCAGCCGCCCUGCCACUGCGAGCACUGGGGGACUCCCCGGGCAUGGGGACCCUGCCCUCCUACGGCAGCGAUGGCCCCCUGCCCCCCCUGCGGGCCCUCUCGCCCCUAGAGCGUCUCCCUGACUGUGGUCCUCCAGGGCUCAAGCUGAAGAAGAGCCUCUCCAAGUCCAUCUCGCAGAACUCCUCCAUCCUGCCCGAGGAGGAGGAUGAGAAGUCAUGUACCGAGUCAGAGCUGAGGGUCUCCAGGAGGAGAUCCCCUGCCCGGCGCGAGGAGGAAUGUGGUGCGACACCAGACAGCGAAAAUCUCACCCUGUCAUCGUCGGGAGCCAUCGACCAGUCCUCGUGCACUGGGACACCCCUGUCCUCCACCAUCUCGUCCCCAGAAGAGCCCGUCAGCAGCAGCCUGGCUCAGUCCGUCAUGUCCAUGGCCUCCUCCCAGAGCCAGCACUCCCAGCUCAGCACCGACACAGUGUCCUCCAUGUCCGGCUCCUAUGUUGCUCCUGGCACGGAGGAGGAGGAGGAGGAGGAGGGGGACAUGCUCCCCUCACCUGCGGCCGCCAGCGCCACAGCCUCCGACGGAGAGUCGACGCCUGUGGAGUCACCAGAUAUGAACUUCGUCAGCAUCUCGGCGGAGGAGCGCGAUGCCGAGGGCAAUGACGUGCUGGAGGACGAGGACGCCUCUCCCACGCAGGAAGACGGCCCGAGGACAGGCGCUUUCCUCGGUCUGAGGUGUGACAAUAACAAUGACUUGGGCAUCGCACACGUGAAAGCGCUGGACAAUAAACUGUGCUCUGAGGCCUGCUUACCUGGCCCAGAGGCAGCCAACAACAACGUGCGGCUGCAGCAGGCGCCCUGGCCCCGCCGCCCCCCCGGCACCCGAGACCUGGAGCAGGCAGCGGCCACCCUGCCCGUGUGAGGGCUCAGCCUUGGCAGGGGCGUGCACCCCACUGCCCACCCAGAGGGACCCUGGUGUCCGGGCACCGUCGGCGUUGCCACCUCCACCCCUUGGCUGUAGCAGGACUGAAUUUUGAAAGAAAAGAUGGUAAC